AUGAGGGAAGAAUGUGGCAAGAAGUGUGCUGAACUUGGCAAGCCAGUUAUCAAUCAUUUUUUUGAUCUUUGGCACGUUGGGAAAAGUAUGCAAAAACAAUAAGUAACCUAAUAUGUUUUCAUCGUAUGUAAUCAUAUACAUAUAUCAAUAUUACCAUUACUUCUUUUUAUUAUAGUUAUUGUCGUACCUUGCCCUAGGGCACAGUGCAAACAACCUAUGACCUAGCAUCUGUAGUGAAAUAGUACUCUCAUUAUCAGAGGAGACAAUGUCUCUGCUUCUCUGUGCCUUGAUCAGAUUUAUUGUACAUGUAUAUUGUAGAAAAGCACUUAAUGUUGAAAUGUUUUGCUAUUUUCACAGAAAUCCAAAAAGUUCUAACAAAACUGAGCAAGGAAAAAAAUUGUGAGAUCAUUGCCCGCUGGAGGAAGGCCUGUGUUAGACAUUUUUACUGGGCAGUGACCUCCACUCAAGAAAGUCUUGGAAAGGUCAAGGUUGCAAAGUUCCAAGCAUUCCUCAGUCAUGUUAUCAACAAACACAAGAACCUUCCUAAUAGGCUCUUCAUUGCUUGUGCUCACGGUUAAGUCAUCACACCAAAAUUAUGGAUGUCUAAAGGUACAAAAGCCUCACUUGCUGCCGCACUCUAUGUUGAUCUUAUUAUGUUGACCAAACGUCUUGGAUAUAGGACUACAUAACUAUAACAUUGCAAAGCUUGGUUGAGCUAAUUUUGGUCAUGUUCAAGAAUUUCAGCCCCAUCUGCUCAAAUGCAACUAGAAACUGUCAACAAUUGAAAAAAAUAUGAAAAAUAUGAAAUAUCACUGUCCUUUUUCUUUUUUACACUAAAUAAAAAAAAUAAUUUACAACUAGUGACCACCUGAUUUAUAAAUUUCAUCUGAAAACCACAAUAUGACAAACAUUUCCCCUGUAUUACUUUCAUUCAUACUAGUGUCAGAGGCAUAUGAAAAGCUGUAUACCGCCCUUACGAAAACCAGCCUUACUAAAGGAAUAGAAAAAGCUUCCUCAGUUGAGCAAACAAGCUGCCUGGAAGGGUAUCAUUCAGUAGUCAACCAAUUUGCCCCAAAGAUGCUGGCCUACUCAUACCUGGGAAUGCUUUGUAGGUACGUGAAAUUUAAGGCUUAUGUAUUCAAACAUAGCAACACUAAAGUUAAUCUUGGAAAAGCAAACAAAAUUCAAAAAGUAUGAGGAAAGGCACUGGGAUGCUGCCUUUUUUGAUAGAUAUAGGCAGUUUGCAAAACUGGUAGAACUUGUCGCAUAAUUUAAUACAUUCUGAUUACUUUGUACCUUUCUCUCUUCCUCUUCUUUUUUUUAAGAUCAGUACUGGCUGCCCUUCAUUUUAAUUACAACCUCAGAAGAGAGACAAAGGUGGAUGACCAGGGCCAACCACGCCUUCACAUCUCAUACCCAAAGUACAAGGAAGGAGAAGCAACAGUCAGGGAAGUCAGGGUAGCUCCUAAUUAUGGUAAGUCUUUGGUAAGGACCAUUGUAGCAAAGUAUACGUGUAAGUUUCCAAGUUGGACAACUUUAAAAUGAUGUCUAUUCUCAAAAUCAAAUAUCUACAUGUACAGGUGUACAUCAACAGGUUUCCUGGUAUUAUCAUGACUGCAGACAGGUUAGCUGCUGUCAGAAAAUAUUCAGCAAUUUAAUUUAGCUAUGCUAAAAAGCUACUACUUAUGAUGUCUUGUAAUCCACAGUUCCUUUCUAGAGAGAGUAAAAUGUAGAUUCUAAUAAUCACAGUUAGUCAAAAAGUGAAAUUACUUUAGCUUGUGAAGUCAUUAUGCAAAGUACUUCCCUGAAGAACUUUUGUAACUGCCUUUCUCCUUAGAGUAUGUGGCGGAGAUUUAUGAAUCUCUAAUAACAACUCCAUGA